AUGCUUCAAAUUCAUAAUGUUCCUUCCCUUCCUCUCUAUACUUCUCUGAUUGCGCUAGUUAUCCUAGUUCUAUAUCGGAAGAGAUUGAAAAGCAGCCAUACCUCAAGUCUUAGUCUGCCUCCAGGUCCGCGGAAGCUACCCGUUAUAGGAAACUUGCUUCAGUUGGUAGGCUCGCUACCACAUCAUUCUCUAAGAGACUUGGCCAAGAGGUAUGGACCAAUCAUGCACAUCAAAGUGGGACAAGUAUCAGCCGUAGUGAUUUCAUCUCCGGAACUAGCUGAAGAGGUGUUGAGGACACAUGAAACUGCCUUCUCGCAACGCCCCACUGUUUUUGCUAUUGAGGUUUUGUCUUAUGAUCUUUCAAGUAUCCUCUUUUGUCCUAAUAAUGAUUACUGGAGGCAAAUGCGCAAGAUUUGCGUGUCGGAGCUCUUAAGUACAAAGCGUGUGCAUUCUUUUGCAUCAAUAAGAGAAGAAGAGGCAUGGAAUCUUGUCGAAACAGUUUAUUCUUCAGCAUCACAGCCACAGCUAGUGGUCAACCUCAGCGGGAUGGUUUUCUCCAUGCAAAACGGCAUCACUGCCCGGGCAGCCUUGGGGAAGAAGUGCAAACAUGAACAAGAAUUUACCUCAUUGAUCGAUGAAAUCAACCAGCUUGCAGGAGGCUUUGCAGUGCCAGAUUUGUUCCCUUCUCUCAAAUUCCUUCGUCAUGUCACACGUUUCAAGCCUCCCCUUGAGAAAAUACACGGAAAAAUGGACAGGAUGCUUGAUGAAAUCAUCAAUGAUCAUAAAGUGAAAAGAGAAUCAUCAGCUGGUGAUGAUCCUCUGCAAGAAGAUAUAGUUGAUGUGCUUUUACAACUUCAGGAGUGUAGUGAUCAGAUCCAGCUUGAUGUCAAAACCAAGCAUAUCAAAGCUAUCACAAUGGACAUGUAUACGUCUGGAAGUGAAACUUCAGCAACUACCACAGAAUGGGCAAUGGCAGAACUAGUGAGAAAUCCAAGAGUAAUGGAGAAAGCACAAGCCGAGAUACGACAACUUCUUGCAGGCAAGAAGAAAAUCCAUGAUGCAGACAUUAAAAAACUAGACUACCUGAAAUUGGUCGUAAAGGAAACUCUACGGUUACACCCUCCUCUUGCCUUAAUCGCAAGACAAGCCACUCAGACAUGUAAAAUUAGUGGAUAUGAUAUACCAUCUGAAACCAAACUACUGGUCAAUGCUUGGGCAAUUGGGAGAGACCGAAGGCAUUGGGGCGCUAGUGCUGACUGCUUUGAGCCUGAAAGGUUCCAAGGUUCUUCCAUUGAUUUUAAAGGGACCAACUUCGAAUUUAUUCCAUUUGGGGCUGGUAAGAGAAUGUGUCCAGGCAUAUCAUUUGGAACUGCAUCAGUUGAGAUUGCACUUGCUUAA